CGGGUCGGUGGGCAGCGGGCUGCCAGUGAUUGACCAGCUCCUCUCCCUGAUCUGUCAGCCUGCUCGCCUUGGCGCCUCCCCUCUCCUCUAUAAAUGAACCAAGUCUAUUCACUGCGCUCAUUGCGCGCCUGGUGAAGUGAGAGGAACCGGAGGGCUUCGCGGGAUGUGUUGACAGACCAGAAUUCCGCCUUUUGGGUUCGCUUCACGCUCGGUCUUCUGCAGCUUCUCGUUGUCGUCGCUGCCGUGUCAGAAGCGGCUCCUGCUCCGGUUCUUAUUGUUUCAUUAUCGCCGCUGCCUCCGCGCGAGAGCCGUCGGGUUAUUGAAGAUGAAGGCUGUUACUCCAGUCCACCCCCAGGACUCCUCCUCCUCCUCUUCCUCCUCCUCCUCCUCCUCCUCCUCCUCCUCCAGCGGCGGCGGCAGCAGCAGCCAGCUCUCCCUGCACUAUCUGUCGAAGCAGAGCCUGAACAUCGCCCGGUGCCGGAUGGAAGAGGAGGACCUGUUCUGCUUGCAGUACGACAUGAACGACUGCUACAGCCGCCUGAAGCGCCUGGUGCCCACCAUUCCGCAGGACAAGAAAGUGAGUAAAGUGGAGAUCCUCCAGCAUGUCAUAGACUACAUCCUGGACCUGCAGCUGGCUCUGGAGACGCACCCUUCCCUGCAGAAGCAACCGCCUCAGCGGACCUGCCCGCCGGCAGCCUCCAACCCCAACAGGACGCCGCUGACGGUGCUCAACAUCGACCACCACCAGAGAACAUCAAUAGUGAAAAAACCUGAGGACUCAGUUUUAUGCCGCUGAGACGUCCAUGCUGCAUUUGGUGUGCAGGCAGCGCAGAGCCGCUCCAAAAGUCAGCAAAGCUUCGCCAGGGACUCACACACCCAACUGGAGGCACAGUGUCACAAGAGGGGGGCAAAAAAAACACACACAUGCACACGCACAGACACACACACACACACACACACCCGCUGAGAGGGAAAUAAACCCGAAUAAAAUCUUUUUUUUUUUUUAAAUCAGCUUUUUUUCCUUCGUAAUGUUGAUUCUGAGAAAGGGAAAAAAUGGACUCAUCUCCUUCAAGUUCUCUCUUUUUAGUUUUCAUGCUGUUUUUUUUUUUUUUUAAGUUCUUAACGUGUGAAAGCAUCGACUUCCCAUCUUCGAGGUUUUUUCUUUCUUUUCCAUGUCAGAAACCGAUUCACAGAGCGACGGAUUGUGAAUUGUGUCCGAGCGACUCCAGUUCAAAGCUUUACUAAACUGCGAAAAAAGAAAGAAAAGAAGAAAAAAGAAAAUCAUUGUACACGUUCCUCACAUCUAUUGUUUAAAAUAGAUGACUUGUGUUUUGAAAAGGGGCGCCGGUCCCUGGUACCUUAAACAUGUUUGAUAUUGUAAAGAACAAUUCUGAUUCGAGACAAUUAAGCUUGUAAAUACAGAGACACAAAGGUUCUAUUAAGGUAUGUGGAAGGACUUAUAUGAGUAAAUAGAUUAUUGUAAUUAUUAUAAGAUAUUUUUUAUUGAAAACCGUUGGUUUUUUUUUUGUUUGUUUCUUUGGUUGUUGUUUUUUUUUUUUUUGCAGUUCUGUAAAUAUUGUGUUUCCACUCUUAGUGAAUGAACGUGUUUUAUGCUCGGCCGGUUAUGUCCUCACAUGAUGAUAUCAUUAAACUCUUUGCAGUGUUUGAAAUAGUUUGAAAUGUAGCAUGUCAGGCUCAUCAUGCUGAUUGUGCACUGAAGCAGCCCCCCACCCCCCGUCCCCCCUGCAUCCUCCAUCAACUUUUCUCAAGUCUUUUUAUUGUCUUGAUUUGAUUCUGUUCAGAUGCCAAAAUGAAACCUAAGAGCACUUCCAAGAGGAAAACAAACUAACAAACAAAAAAAAAAAAAAACCCUGCAGCUCACCGUCUCUUGAGUUUCUCCUUAGGCAGUAAAUGAUUUACUUGAGGAAAUCAUUAAGCUUUUGGUUAUAAAUUGGUGGAAUACUUUAACAAACAGGCGACGUGUCUACGUUGACCUGAAGUGAUUGUUCUGUCGGCGGCCUUUAAACGAGGGGAGGAAAAAACUUUUAACUUUUAAUGACGUUCAGCACUGAAUUUACCUCACCACCCUCCUGCCAGUGCAAGAGGGCACUUGUACGUUUUGGUCUACUGCACUGUUGGACUUGACCACUGGCUUGUGAGGAGUUGUCGCAACAAUUAAAAUUUCCCAGAAGAA